AUGGUUUCAUCUCAGCUGGGGAUCUUUGUUCGGGCUCUGUCCCGGCUUUUGGGCUGGAUCUAUAUGGCCUGCUGGUCAGCUUCAUUCUAUCCCCAGCCCAUCUCUAAUGUUCGACGGGGCACGACGUCAGGAACAUCGAUCGAUUUCCCAACAAUCAACUGUUUAGGAUUCCUGUGUUACACCAUAUAUAAUGGUGCUUUUCUGUACUCACCUGUGAUUCGCUCGCAGUAUGCGGCUCGGCACCCUCUCUCGGAGGAGCCGACGGUCCGCUUUAACGAUUUAGCGUUCGCGGUUCACGCGGUGAUCCUCAGCGUCAUUGUCUAUUCGCAAUUCUGGCCAAUGAUCUGGGGCCUACAGGUCCCCCGGUUUGAAAGGAUCAGCAAGCCCAUUGCGAUCCUAUUUUGGGGAUCUGUCUCGGCCCCACUGUUCGUGAUUUGGAUCGUUCUGUCGAAAAGCCCGGACGGGGGCUAUGAUCCUUCGACCUGGGCGUGGAUCGAUGUGAUCUAUGCAUUUUCAUACAUCAAGCUUGUCAUUACGAUUUUCAAGUAUGUGCCUCAGGCGUGGUUGAACUAUAGGCGCCAAUCGACCUUGGGAUGGAAUAUCAACCAGAUUUUGUUGGAUUUGGCGGGUGGUGUGUUGUCGCUACUACAGCUGCUCAUGGACUCGAGUCUCCAGAAUGACUGGAGUGGCAUUACUGGGAACCCGGUUAAGCUUUUCCUAGGGAACAUUACGAUUGUUUCCGAUCUGAUCUUCAUAACUCAGCACUAUAUCCUUUAUCAGGGGGCGGAGUCUAAGCCCAGUCCACAUUCGGACCCCAACUUGAAUUCGCCUUUGCUGGCAGAGUCUACUGAAAACAGAUGA